AUGGCGCCGUCCGCUGGUGUGUUUUUGAGGACAAGGACAGCUCCGCCGUCCGUGUUGUUUGUUUGACGUGAAGCAGCGGCCAUGGCGAGGUUUCUGAGGCCCAGCAUCAGGACUUUUGUCACCUCACAGCUGAGAAUGUCCUCCGACCAGUUAGGUGAGCUGGGCAAAGGUGCAGGUAAAGGUGGAGGAGGCGGAGGGUCCAUCAGGGAGGCAGGUGGAGCCAUGGGCAAGAAGCAGGCUGCCGAGGAGGAGAUGUACUUCAAGCGUAAGGAGCAGGAGCAGCUGGCGGCGCUGAAGCAGCACCACCAGGAGGAAAUCGACCACCACAAAAAGGAGAUCGAACGUCUGCAGCGUGAGAUCGACCGCCACAAGGGAAAGAUCAGGAAGCUGAAGCACGACGACUGAAUGGAACCAUCCAAAAAAAAAAACAGAAGUUCAGUCCUCCUCACCGUCCCAGACGCCUUUAUUCACUGCUCUGAUCGCUGCAUGCACUGUGUCGCCGGCCGCUCGUGAAUGUGUGGAUGGUGGUUGUUCUGUAAAUGCUUGAAAGUUAUUAAAAAACGUUCAUGAAAUGAGCACUGUUUCCAUGGCAUGCUGUCAUAGGAGUCGUUCAACUUUGCCAACGUUAUUCUGUGGUUCACCGGUGUGACGUGUGUCGCUCACAAAAGGCCAAAGUCGACAAACUUAAACAUAAUUAAUGCUUCAUGUGGCAGCAUCGCUUUGUGUGUGAUGUAUAAAGACAUUCAUGGUCAUGUAAAUGCAUUAGUAGUCUUAACUGCUGUAUUGAUUAGUUGCUGAGCAGAAAAUUAAAUAAUUUUGAUAAUCA